AUGACACGUUUUCAAGGAAAAGUAGCUAUAAUUACAGGCUCUUCAUCUGGAAUUGGAGCCGCGACAGCUUUAUUGUUUGCUAAAGAAGGAGCUAAGGUUACAAUUACAGGAAGAAAGCAGCAUGGUCUUGAGGCCACUAAGAAAGCUAUUCUUGGAGCUGGCGUUUGUAGCGACGACGUAAAUACUGUGCAAGCGGAUGUUACCGACGCUCAUGAAAGAGAGCGGAUCAUCUCAAGCACAAUCCAGAAAUUUGGUCGUUUGGAUAUCUUGGUAAACAACGCCGGUGGUACAUUUCUUAGCCCCGAUGGUUCAGCUGGACUAAAGGCUAGCACCGAUCUCCUUAAGAAGACUAUGGAUGUGAAUGUAUACAGUGUUGUUGAACUGAUCCAGUUGGCUCGCCCAUAUUUGGUAUUGUCAAAGGGCGAGAUUGUAAAUGUCUCCAGCAUUGCCGGGUUGCCAACAGCGGCAGCUUUGGAUCAGAUGAUGCGAGCUGUGGCAAUCGAACUUAUUGCUGAAGGAGUGCGGGUAAAUAAUGUUAGUCCCGGUGGAGUUAUGACAAAUAUAGCACAAAAUAGUGGAGUAUCUGAUGAAGUUGCAGCAAAGUUUUACGCUACUUAUGCCAGAAACCCAUUCGAAGUUCCUAGCGGCAGAAUAGCUCAACCGUCAGAAAUCGCAACUGUUAUCGCUUUUCUGGCUGAUAGAAGCCAAUCUUCUUACAUCGUUGGCCAAACAAUCGUCGCCGAUGGUGGCAGCUCAAUUGUUCUAGCUUCAAAUGCUGAUGUACCUGUGAAGGAGACAACACAGUUCUGA